AUGGCGUCCUUCGUGACCGAGGUGCUCGCCAGCUCCGGGAGGCUGGAGAAGGAAGACUUGGCGAGCAAGAUUAGUAAACUAUCCCGAAAAGUCCAGGACACCAAGGAGGAGGUGUGCGAGAUGAUGAACAGGAGGUACAAUGACUUCCUGUCCAGCCUGCAGGCCUCAGAGGAGCUCAUCGAGCAUGUGGAGGAGGUGUCUCGGGAGAUGGACGUCCUAAAGAACUGCAUUAAUAAUGAGGUGCAGCAGAACCUCCAGUCGUCUGUGAGUGAACACUCUGAGCUAAAGCAGCAGCUGGAGAAGAACACUGUGGUCAUCACGAUGCUCGGGUAUUUAAAGGAGUUCCAUAAUGCUAUGGAGGCGUCCAACAAAGCUUUGAUGGAGAAGAAGUUUGUGGAAGCAGCAAAACAACUGGAGAAGGCCAGACAGAGUGAGGUCCUCCUGCAGCAGUGGGACAGGUCUCAGCUUCCUCUGCUCUCAGUCCUCAGCUCUGAGCUCAGUGUGCAGAAGGAGAACCUCCUCUAUCACCUCGGCAACCAGUGGAAGCAGCUACUGGUGUGGACCCUACCCCCCUCUGCCAAAGACGGAGCAGAGAUGAAGGCCUUUGUGAAGGUGUCACUGAACCUGCGUGUGGGUUGUGAGGACCAGGACCAGGCUCGGCUCCACUCCGUGCUGCAGGCUCUGGCUCUGCAGGGGGAUCUGCAGCACCGCAUCAAGCUCUUCAGUCAGGUGCUGCUGAAGAACAUGCUGCGCCCCCUGGUGGUGUACCCCGGUCUGUCGGUGCAGGUGAGCAGGCAGCAGGGGGAGGGGCUGCUGCUGGCUCUGCACAGUGAGAGGCCAGACCCCCCAGAGACCCAGACCACGGCCCAGGUCUACAGCAAAAUCCUGCUGGUGCUGAGGACCCUGCACUCACACCUGCUCGAUGUGUCGGUUGGAGAGCAGAAGUUGUCAUCCAUGUUGGGAGAUCUGAUCUGGGAGGAGUUUUCUCACUGCAUCAUCCACGACUGUCUGCAGUUCUCUAUCCCCAGCAACAGCAGCCAGCUGGACAAGUACAGCACGGUGAUAAAGGAGACGGAGGAGUUUGAGAAGAGCCUGAAGCAGAUGCACUUCCUGCGCGGAGACUGCACCGAGCUCCUUAGAUAUGCUCGAAACAUCAACUGUCACUUUGCGAGUAAGAAGUGCAAAGACGUGAUCGUAGCCGCGCGUACGCUAAUGACCUCCAAGAUGCACAACACGGUCAAGAUCAGUCCGGAGAGCAGACUGGUGCUGCCCAAACUACCUUCUGUAGGAGCAGAGCUGAGCAAAGCAGAGAGCAGAGCAGAACCAGGAAUGAUGAACCAGCAGCAGCUCAGCUCCUGGACCAUGUGUCUUCCCUCCUGUCGCAUCAGUCAGUCCGUGCAGCAGCUCAUGGAGCUAGCCCUGCACACACUGUCUGAGGCUGUAGGCAGCUCUACACAGUGUUCGCUGCAGCUGUUCUUCACAGUGAGAAACAUCUUCCAGUUGUUCUAUGACGUGGUCCCCACUUAUCACAAAGAGAACCUCCUGAAGUUCCCUCACCUUGCAGCUGUUCAGCACAAUAACUGCAUGUACCUGGCUCACCACCUGCUCACUCUGGGGCACCACUUCAGGCCACACCUGCCCCAGCCGCUCAGCGAGGGAGUGGCCACCUUCGUGGACAUGGUGCCCAGUUUCAGGAAGCUUGGUGCUCAGUGCUUCCUCACUCAGCUCACGGUGCAGAGGACAGAGAUGUUGGACCGACUGUCCACCGCACACAACCUGUGUAACCUGGACAACGAGGACAACUACAUCACAGCCAGUAAAGCUGUGCGACAGGUCAUCCAUCAGCUCAAACAGCUGGGCACCGUGUGGCAGGACGUCCUCCCCGUCAGCAUCUACUGCAAAGCUAUGGGCAACCUGCUCAACACUGCGCUCUCAGAGAUCACUGCCAAAGUCACCGCUCUGGAGGACAUUUCUUCAGAGGAGGGGGAGCACCUCCACACGCUCUGUCAGACCCUGAUAGAAGAGGGCCCCCUGGUCUUCACUCCACUCACAGAAGAGAAGAAGAACCACAAGUACCAGGAGCAGGUGGCUCUGUAUGUGAAGAAGUGGACCAUGUUCAAGGAGCUGGCCAUAGUGCUGAAGGCCAACCUGCAGGAGAUCGUGGACCGGUGGGCUGAUGGGAAGGGACCCCUGGCUGUGGAGUUCUCUGCUUCUGAGAUGAAGAGUCUGAUCCGUGCACUGUUCCAGAACACGGAGAGGAGAGCUGUGGCUCUGACCAGAAUCAAAUGA